GUGGAAGUUGCUGGCAGCAAAUUUCCCAUGGAGAGAGAGGCAGGUGACCAGUGGUCAGUUUGCCUUUCGGGUGUACGUGGAGCCGCUGCUUAUCACUUUGUCUUUUCUUCCAACUGCAACGACUGCUUCCACCAAGAAGGCCAUUUGCUGCACAGGCGUGACCCCUACGCGCGUUUUUGCGACUUCAACAGCAACGACUGCUUCGUCGUUCUGCCCCCCGCAGCAGCAGCCGCAGCAGUAGCAGCAGCAGCAGGGAAAGAAGCAGCAGCAGCAGCAGCAGCAGCAGCAGCACCUCCAGCCCUGGAGCCGUGGAACAAGUGGAUUAUAUAUGAACUUCACCCUUCUACUUUCGUUCAGCCAAAGGAAGGCCAAACGGUGUUUGAGGCAAUCGGGGAAAAGCUGGACUACAUAGCAUCUCUGGUGGGUCUGCGGGCCUCGAAAGUUAAGGGUGGCUUCAACGCCGUGGAACUAAUGCCUGUGCAAGAGUUCGGGGGCCUCUGGGGGUAUAACCCUCGCCUGCUAAUGGCCCUGCAUUCGCCGUACGGAAACCCUGAGGGUUUGCGGGCUUUGGUGGAGUGCUGCCACCGCCGCCGCAUCGCGGUGAUAUUCGACGUGGUGCUAAACCACGGGUCGUCAAAGCUGAACUCUCUCUGGAACUGGGACGGCUACGGGCCCCACAACAACGGCGGCAUUUACUUUGAAGGCGGGGGAGAAUCUGGAUGGGGAAGAAAGUUUGCUUUUCAUAAACCCCAAGUUCGAAACAUGAUCAAAAAAGCUGCUGCUGUUUUCCUUGAGGAAUACAAGUGA